UCCUAUCCCCACUAGAAGAGCGAGGCGUAAUUUUAGCGCGCUUCAGUCAGACACGUUGUUGAUCAUUUAGUAGUUUAUAUAGCCUCAACAAUGAGCGAAAAUUGUGAAAUAAGCAAAGCCAACAAUUCUCUCGACAACCAACGAGAGAAUGGACACACUCACCCUGAUGACGAUUCAAAAGAUCACGAUGAAUAUCAGUAUCUCAAACUAAUUAAACAAAUCAUUCAGAAGGGUAAUGUCAAAACGGAUCGUACUGGCACUGGUACACAUUCCAUUUUCGGCACUCAGAUGCGCUUCAGCCUUAGAGAUGGUAUAUUUCCUCUUUUAACGACAAAGAGAGUAUUUUGGCGCGGAGUGGUCGAAGAACUACUUUGGUUUAUUAAGGGUUCAACGAAUGCCAAAGAAUUAUCUGAUAAAGAUAUUCACAUAUGGGAUGCUAAUAGCUCGCGAGAAUUUUUAGAUUCCUGUGGUUUUACGGAUAGAGAAGUUGGCGAUUUAGGACCGGUUUAUGGAUUUCAGUGGAGGCAUUUUGGAGCAAAAUAUGUCAACAUGCAUACAGAUUAUACUGGACAAGGCAUUGAUCAAUUAAAACAAGUAAUUGAUACAAUUCUAAAUAAACCAGAUGAUAGAAGAAUCAUUAUGUCAGCUUGGAAUCCAAUUGACAUUCCAAUAAUGGCUCUCCCACCUUGUCAUGCAUUGGUUCAGUUUUACGUUGCUAAUGGAGAACUUUCUUGUCAACUUUAUCAAAGAAGUGCUGACAUGGGACUUGGUGUACCAUUUAAUAUAGCUUCAUAUUCCUUAUUGACAUAUAUGAUAGCUCAUAUUACAAAAUUAAAGCCUGGUGAUUUUGUACAUUCUAUGGGAGACUGUCAUGUUUACCUCAAUCAUGUACCUGCUCUGCAAGAGCAGCUACUUCGUAAGCCAAAACCCUUUCCAAAAUUAAUAAUAACAAGAAAUGUUAAAGAAAUUGAUGACUUCAAGUCAUCUGAUUUUCAACUAGAUGGUUACCAUCCACAUCCAAAAAUUUCUAUGCCUAUGGCUGUUUAACAGUAUUGUAAUGAAGAAGGAAUUUUCAAAUACUAACAAUUAUUUCUAGCAAUAACUAUUUUUUUAUUUUUCUAAUAAAAAUUAUAUGUAUAUUCAAUAAACUCAUAUCUUAAGAUAUA